CGACGACGACGACGACGACGACGCGCGCGAUGGCGUCCGCGAGCGCGAGGGAUGCGGUGAAACAGUUCGUGACGUACUUUUAUCGACACAUUCGCGAGAAGAACGUGUACGAGACGCUGACGAUGUACGAGCGCUCGUUUCCGGCGAUCGGCGAACGCUUCUUCAAGAAGACGGCGUGGCCGACGCCCGAUGCGAUCGCGACGUACGCGGAGAACGAUCCGGUGUUUAAGAUGCUGUACGCGGAGCUUUAUUACCGACACCUGCACCAAGCGACGACGCCGAGCGCGAACGAACGGAAGGGGUCGUGGGAAAACUAUUGCGAACUCUUCGGCGCGUUGUUGCACGGCGACGCCAACAUGCAGUUGCCGAACGUGUGGUUGUACGAGAUGGUGGAUGAGUUCGUGUAUCAGUUUCAGUCGUUCCGACAGUUUAAAGGCAGCUCGAAGCGCACGAGCGAGGAGUUACAGGCGAUCAAGGCGUUGGACGCGCAAGUUUGGGAUCGCACGAGCAUGUUGAAUUUUUUAAAGGCGCUGGUGGAUAAGAGCGACAUCGUGCGCGUGCUCGAGCGCGAGCGCGCGGGAGAGAUUUCGUUUGCGGCGAACGAAGGGUACGCGCUUGAUUCGAGUAACGUUUUGCCCACGCUCGGGUACUGCGCGCAGAUUGGUAUCUGCCGCUUGCACGUUUUGACGGGCGAUUACGAAGGAGCGCUCGCCGCGCUCGACGCCGUGGAUUUGGACAAGGAUGGGUUGUUCAAGAAGAUUCCGGGCGCCUACGUCGCGACUUCGUAUCACGUCGGGUUCGCCUACUUUAUGCUCGGCCGAUACACGGACGCCAUUCGUCACUUUAACGAAAGCAUCCAGUACGUCGAACGGCUGAGGUUUGGCGCCGCACGUCCGCACGCGCUGCCGCUCUUGUUGAAGAAGCAAGAACAAAUGUACGCGUUGAUCGCUAUCACCAUGGCGCUCGUUCCGGGCCAGCAGUACUUACUCGAUGGGUCCGUUUCUUUGGGUUUGCACCAAAAGUAUAGCGAAAAGGUUAACCGGAUGACGAGCGGCGAAGUCGCCGUCUUCGACGACCUCUUUUCGUACGCGUGCCCAAAGUUUGUCGCGAGCGGCGACGGAGACAACUCCGAGGCGCACAAGACGCAGCUCAAGGCGUUCUUGGACUCCGUCGCUACGCACGCCGUAAUUCCCAAGCUUCGUGGAUACUUGCGAAUGUACACGUCGAUCAAGCUCGACAAACUCGCGGCGCUCGUCGAGACGCCCGUGGAGAGUCUGAAGGCGAGCUUGAAGGCGUUCGUACAAGGGUACACCGUGAAGGAGUGGACGGGUGGAGCGAGCGCGUUGGAUGGUGAGGAGGUUUACUGCGGUGACAUGAGUGUCAUCUUAGACGGGGAUGUGGUCAGAGUGGAAGAGACAAAGAAGGCGAAGAGCGCUCGUGAAUUCUUCGCGAGAACGAAUCAAAAGUUGGCCGCCUCGCUCGAGGACUUGGCGCAGGCCAAGCCGCUGCUCAUCAAGCCGUCGGCGAUCGUGGGUUAAUCAAUAAACCAGUAGAC